AUGGUGAAGUUCUCUCUAUGGAAGAAGAACCGCGCUCAGACCACGACUGACAUAGUCCCAGUGGAGCAGAUCCACAUCCACCCACACUACAACGGUCAAACGUACGAAAACGACAUUGCUCUGGUGGAGCUGAAGAAGCUGCCAUUCAAGCAGGAGUGUUUCCGUGAGAAUCCGGCUGUGCGCCCCGUUUGUGUGCCCUGGACCCCCCAUCUAUUCCAGCCCAACCACACCUGCAGCAUCUCAGGUUGGGGACGCACUGCAGAAGGUAAAGCUGCUAAGGUCCUGCUGUGGGCGAACGUCUCCCUGAUCCCAGACUGUGAGCGGUUUUAUGAAGACCGCUUCAAACCAGGCAUGAUGUGUGCGGGGGAUCUGGAUGGCUCUGUGGACUCGUGUCAGGGGGACAGCGGGGGGCCUCUGGUGUGCGAGGAUGCGCUUGGAGUGUCGUAUCUCUGGGGCAUUGUGAGCUGGGGCGACAAGUGUGGAGAGCCGGGCCACCCUGGGGUCUACACACAGGUGGCACAUUUCUUCGAGUGGAUUCGAAGCGUCACUUCAUGGCCUCUUGUCACAAAGUUCAAUUCUUGA